AUGGUGAGUCGACCCCCGGAGAUGUUGGGAAGCGUGAAAUCCCAAGGAUUGAGGGUUGGUUACAAGAAUAAAUUUGGGGCUCGAGCUUAUGUGGACGAAGUGAACCAGAGGUACAAACCGGUUACUGCUUUUCAACUUGAAGCACUUCACGGCAUCUUUCAAUCAGAUCUGGUUCAGGGCAAGACCCUUUUGGAAGUGGGCUGCGGUCCGACGCUCUGGCCUUCGUUCCUUUCCUCGAGGCGAUUCAGCGACAUCGUGCUAAGCGACCUGAUGGAAGGCAACAGGCUGGAACUCGAGAAGUGCCUCGAGAGGAGUAAAGAUGCCAUCGACUGGACCUCCCGUGCUGGGGAAGUUGCUGCCUUGGAGGGCUACAGCGAUACCAAGAAGGGGGCGCUAGAAAUACUAGAGCGCACCCGAUCCUCGAUCCGCAAGGUGGUUCACUGCGAUGUCCUGACACCCGGAGUGCUCCCACAGGAACACGAGGAAGCCUUUGACGUCGUCCUUUCCUGCAACUGCAUCGAGUGUGCCAUAACAAACCACGAAUCUUUCCGGUGCGCGGCCUGCAACGUAGGGUCUCUCGUCAAACCUGGCGGUCUGCUCGUUCUGGCUGGUUUGGGUGGCCCAGGGAAAUUCACCAUAGGAGACCAUGAAUUCCCCAUGGUGAAGAUCACCGACGACGUGGUCAAAGGAGCGGUGGCAGAUGCCGGCUUUAAACUCAAUGUAUACCGCACGGAAAACAUGAGCGUUAUGGGACAACCUGAGGUAUUCGUGUUUGUCCUGGCGGCCCACAAAUCUUUUAAAAGGGAUCUCUAA